AUGGGCGGCAUAAUGAGUACCGGUGACAAUGAGCUCAUGCGCUUCAUCGUAUAUGCGCCAGAUUCAGAAAUGGAUAAAGGGGCGAAAGAGGAUCAGCGAGAUAAUUUCAUUGUCUCGGUGGCGGGAAAGGACUUCAGCGGCAGCGACAGCGAGGCGACAAUUUCCGAUGAGAGUCUACCGGAUACGAACAAUGAAUAUCAAGACCUUGAAGGCGCAGCCAGUGCCUUGCUGGGCUUGAAAGGUCAGGGAACGAGUACCGGGAACGCGGGUGCGCAAACGGCCUCCAUGAGCGCCAGCGGCAUACGGAGUUUACCCCAAGGAUGGGAGCUUGACUUCACAGACACCACAUAUUUGCAGGGAGCAGAAUACAACAAGCUUGAAAGUUUCUGGAUGUCCGUCGAGGAUUUGGCAAUACAACAGUUCAGUAGCACGGCACCGCCGCGCAACAACCUUGCUUUGAAAGCGGAUCAUUUGCAGCUCCAAUUGUCGUCUUCAGGUCCAAUAAGCUGGAUGUGGGUGUUGGAUUUUGCAGUAUCAAUGCUGGGUGCAGUGCGAGAUCAAUUCGGGGUCUUAUUCAGUGCGGAGGCUUACAGCAAUCACUUCGAUCUUCCCCCUCUUUCGGCAAAGUUGAGCAUUGUCUAG